AUGACUCCUGGAGAAUCUGCUCAAGGCUCUGCAGGGACGCCGCCAGCGACCAUAGGCGGGCCAGGGUCGCCGUGGGAAUUCUCUUCAUCGGCGGAAGCAACGCGGACGAGCGGGCACGGUGAGACGACACGGCGAGAUCACGCGGAGCAGGAAGAGGACGCGGCGGUUCAUACUGAGCCCACGGCAGCCCGCCACCAGCGCCUACGAAGCCCAUUCCCGCAGGCAGCGGCCGAUCUGAGCGCGCCGGGGAUCCGAAUGGAUUGUGAGGCAGGAGCGCGGAGAGAGGGACGACGGGAGCAGCGCGAGGAGCUGGGGGUGACGCCGACCCCGCACGUGAGCAAAGAAGCUCCUUCUCCACGUCAUCAAGCCUAUCCAGAAGACGGCGCUCCAUUGCGGACGGCGCUGGACGCGCUUUUCCCCCGCGACCAUAACCUCCCCGCCGCCCGCGACGCCCCCGACCACUUGCGUCCGAACGCACAGGCGACUGCUGGCGAGACGAGCCCAGCUGACGCUGGCGUUCAGGGGAACGGACCACGCGACGAGGAGAGUCGAGCCGUGGACGCUUCGAGGGACGUGGCGAACGCGGAGGCGAUCGAGGACGGGACGACUGGCGUACGGGCGAACGGUGACGAGAAUGAGGGCGAGCGGGCGAACGAUGGCGGUGUGACCUGCGAUCACGCGAACGACUCCGUGACGCCACGCGACGAGGCGAACGCGGCGACCGCGGGCCAGCGUGAAGACCUUCCCUGCGGCUCUCCCACCUAUCGCCGCGAAUCACAGAUGAACGUCGGCGAGGGGAAUGCUCCUGGUGCGCCACACCCACUCCGCCGUAGCGCUCGGCGGACGCCGCGUGAGCAGGCUCCGGCUGAGGCAGGGACCGGCCCCCGCGCGAGGUCAGAGCGCGCUGCUGAUCUUCGAAACGACGGCGGAUCCGAUCCGCAGACGCCGGCGGCGCGACAGGCAGGCUCGCGGCAGGGCGCGCAGGAGGAAGCGGGCGGGGAGCUGGAUCGCUCUCCGCGGUUCGCCCCAAGGCAGGAGCUUCAAGGGAACUCAUCGCCCGAUGACAUUGGUGUCAUCGCUAGGGCAGAGGGGUUGGCACGACGUGGCAGCCUACGACGCGCCGUGAUGGCACUUGAAGCCACGCCAGUCAGCACCCCCUCUCCAACUGUGCUGGAGGCCCUGCGCGCCAAGCACCCACCUGCGCCCGCCUCCCCACCUGACUGGAACUUUCCAGAACCUGACCCUCACCUAUCGGCACCGUUUGCUGUCUUCUCCAAGGUGCUGGGAAGCUGCGAGAUGGGGGUGGGAGCGGGCCCCUCAGGAACAACUUUCGAACACUUACGCGAUGCAGCGCUGAUCAACCACUCCGUUGGGAAACACCUGCACGCGCUAGUCAACACGAUAUUAACAGGAAAAUUACCUCCUGCGGUGGCUGAGCUCCUCACCGCCUCAAGAUUGAUUGCCCUGAGCAAGCCCGAUGGGGGGACGCGACCAAUUGCCAUCGGCGAGAGCAUAACACGCCUGGCAGCUAAGACGGCGCUUACUUUGACUGCAGGGGCCGCUCGUGUAUUCUUCCUACCGCACCAGUUCGGCGUGGCAGUCCCUGGCGGGGCGGAGGCGAUUAUCCACAUCACACGCACGUACCUCACGGUGAACACAGGAGCUUUGGUCCUACAGGCUGAUCUGGCGAACGCAUUUAACAGCGUUAACCGCGACGCCAUCAUCACAUCUCUUCGGGACUCCUCUCUCGCUUCACUUUUACCGUUAGUUAAACUGCUGUACGGCCUUCCUUCGGCUCUAUGUCUGGACGCUGGCUUCUCACACCCACCUCUGCUGAGCGAGACCGGGGUGCGGCAGGGAGAUCCCCUCGGCCCGUUGCUGUUCGCUGCCGCCAUACACCCAGCGCUGACGAAAACGGCGCUCAGCUUCCCCUCCGUGGUCUGUCUAGCCUAUGCGGACGACGUAACUUUUCUUGGGGAUGCAGCCAUGUGCGCGGCGGCAUUUGAGGACUUCACAGGAAACCUCGGGGAGAUCGGGCUGCGCCACAACCCAGCCAAGUGCGCGGCCUGGUCUCAGGCUGGCCAGCAGGGAGCAGCGCUUCCAGUGGGCGUACCUUUCACAGAAGAUGGGGUGAAGGUGCUUGGCAGCUUCAUCGGUGGCAGCGACGCAACCGCCGCGUUCCUACGUGCCAGCCUCGACACCAUGGGAGUGCCGCUGCCCUUAAUCGCGCGGAUGGAGCCGCAGCUGGCUUCCCUCCUGCUCUCACGGUGCAUCUCACGGCGGAUCGCUUACGUCGCCCGCACCACGCCGCUUUCGGCCCUGCCAGUCGAGGAGUGGUCAGACUGGGGUAAAAAGCUGUUUGAGACGUUGCUGACUGCCUGCGGCAUUCGCCACCCACGGGGGGAGGCCGAGAUUUCACGUACCUGGGCGCAAGCGUCACUCCCCAUCUCGCUCGGUGGUUUGGGACUCACAGACCCUUCGGUGGAGGGUCGUGUUGGGUUCCUUGCAAGCUACACGCAAGCGCAGCACCUGCUCACCUCCAUUGAUGAGUCGGCCGUCGGCGCCUUGGCGGAAACGCGGAUCCAGAUGCCGGCAUUGGAGCUGCCUUAG